AUGUGGACACUAUUUCGUCACAUGUGGACACUAUUUCAGGCGCAGGCGACCAUAGAUACACAAACAGACACUAUUUCGUCACAUGUGGACACCAUUUCAUCACUGGAUAGUAGUAGGGAAGAUCUGAAAAGGCAGCUGGCAGACGCGGAGACGAGUGCGGAUGAACAAGAGCACACCAUUGCAUCGCUACAAGAGAGCAAUGCCAAUGUAUGUGCGGAGUUGGUCACCGCAAAGGCCACCAUCGCCGAUCAAGAGCGAGCGGCAGAUAACUUGCAGGAUCGCCUGCAGAGCAUGGAGAGCACACAGAGGGAGCUCAGGAAUGUAGAGAGCAACCUGAGGAAUGCCCAGAGUAAGAUGCGGGAAACGGUGAAGGGGCUCCAGGGCGAAGUGUGUGGUUUGCAGCAGACCGUCAACGAGCAACAAGUGAUCGAGAAAACACUCCGAACGGAGCUGGCGGGGUUGCGUGUGAGUGAAGCCGCACUCCAGAAACAGAUCGAAGUUCUAAAAAUAGAACGCCUUCAGUCACGUGUGGAGACAUUGCAGGAGAGUGAGGCGGCGUUGCAGGCUCAGACGGUUGCGGCAGAUGCGCUAGAGAGUUCUUUGCGAGGCGAGAUAGUCGACGGCCAGCUAAAAAUAGAACAGGGGGAGCUAAAAAUAGAACAGCUGCGUGGAGAUUUGGCGGGAGUCACUGAGGAGCUGGCGGCACAGACCCACAGGGCGACGAAUUCCAGUGCACAUGUGGCCGAAACGACUGCACUAACAGAGCAGAAAGUGCGGUACAUCGAGGCCCUGCAAGAGAAGUCGAGUGGUCUGGAGGCUGCGGUGGCCACACUGACGCGAGUGGAGGUGGACAAUAUGGCACGAGUGGGGGUGCUGCAGGAGACCGUGGGCGAGCAAGCACAGGCACUACAGACACUGCGCGAUACGGAGACGCGGCUGACGAGAGAGCUGGCGGAGUCAUGUGACGGUCUCCAAGAGGCGCGCGAGAGGACUGUGGGGCAUGUGGAGAGGAUCGAUGUGUUGGAAGACAGCGAGAAAGGGCUGAAAGCCGAGAUGGCUGCCAUGGAAACGCGCGAGAGUUUGCUCCGGGCGGAGUGUGCCGAAGCGCGGCUGCAGGCGCAGACGUUGGCUGUGGCUGUGGAGGUGUUGGAGACGACAGAGACGGAGCUCAGAGCUCAGCUGUGCGAGUCUCGCGAGUCUGGUGAUACAAUACAGAGGCAAUUGGACGGGCUGAGCGAGAGCGAGCGUGUACUGAGAAGCCAGGUGGACAGUACACAGCAGCAGCUGAGGGACGUUGAAGAGAAGCGUGGGGCGGUGCAGGAUGAACUGGUGAGUACUUGUGCAACGCUGAGCGGGAAAGUAAAGGAGCUGGGAAAUGCUGAGGAGCAUCUAAAGAGUGCCGAGGAGCAGCUAAUGAGUACUCAAGAGCAGUUAGCGAGCACCACGGACCAGUCGACGUGCGUUCAAGAACAGUUGAUGAGUGCUAAUGAAGAUAUGCGAAACACCCAAGAGCUUGUGGAGAGUAUAAAACAAGAGCUAGGGAGUACGAAGGAACAGCUAAUGAGUACUCAAGAGCGCUUAAAGAUCACUGAGAAGAAAUUGACGAGUGCCUGUGAAGAGUUAAUGGGUACCAAGGAGCAGCUGACGAGUACUCAAGAGCAAUUAACAAGCACUCAAGAGCAACGGACGAGUGCUUGUGAGGAGUUGACGAGUACCAAGGAGCAGCUGACGAGUACUCAAGAGCAAUCAACGAGUAUUCAAGAGCAACGGACGAGUGCUUGUGAGGAGUUGGCGAGUACCAAGGAGAAGCUGACGAGUACUCAAGAGCAAUUAACGAGUAUUCAAGAACAAUUAACGAGCACUCAAGAGCGCUUAAAGAUCACUGAGAAGAAAUUGACGAGUGCCUGUGAAGAGUUAAUGGGUACCAAGGAGCAGCUGACGAGUACUCAAGAGCAAUUAACAAGCACUCAAGAGCAACGGACGAGUGCUUGUGAGGAGUUGGCGAGUACCAAGGAGCAGCUGACAAGUACUCAAGAGCAAUUAACGAACACUCAAGAGCAACGGACGAGUGCUUGUGAGGAGUUGGCGAGUACCAAAGAGCAGCUGACGAGUACUCAGGAUCAAUUAACAAGCGCUCAAGAGCAACGGACGAGUGCUUUUGAGGAGUUGUCGAGUACCAAGGAGCAGCUGACGAGUACUCAAGAGCAAUUAACAAGCACUCAAGAACAAUUAAGGAGCACUCAAGAGCAACGGACUAGUGCUUGUGAGGAGUUGGCGAGUAUCCAGGAGCAACUGGCGAGUAAUCAAGAACAAUUAACGAGUACUCAGGAGCAAUUAACGAGUACUCAGGAGCAAUUAACGAGUAUCCAAGAGCUAUUGACGAGUGCUUGUGAGGAUUUGGCGAAUACCAAGGAGCAGCUGACGAGCACGGAAGAUGAGCUUACCACUGCUCGAGAGCAACUCAUGAGCACUCAGCAAGAGCUGGUGAGUAGCCGUAGCAGACUGGUCAACGGCGAGGAUGAUCUGACAAGCACUCAGAAGCAGUUGGUACAUACGCAAGAGCAGCUUAUGUCUAUGCAGGAUGAGCUCACAGACACUCGAGAUGGCCAGAGAAUCGCUCAGAAUGAGCUCGCAAGCACUCGGGAUGAGCUAGAGAGUACUCGCGGGGAGCUGCAGGGCUGUGAGGAACGGCUGGCAGUUCGGGACACACAGCUGACAACCGCUCAUGAGCAACAGAAAGAUACUCUGAAUGAGCUCACGAGCACUCAGAAUGAGCUUAAGAAUACUCAGAAUGAGUUAACGAGUACUCAUACUGAUCUGAUACACAGUGGGGAGCGUCUGGCACUUAGGGACGAGGAGCUGGCCACGACUAAGCAGCAGCUACUAUGCACUCACGAGGAGUUGGCGGGAGUAAAGGAGCAGCUGCAGAGUACUAAGGAGCAAGUGACAGUGGCUCAGGAGCAGCUGGCAGGCACUACUCAAGAGUUUACGAGGACCAGCCAUCAGCUAGAAAGUGCUCUUAAGGAGUUAAAGAGUACAUCUGAGGAGCAGACGAUUACUCAGGAGCAGUUAUCGAGUAUCCAAGAGCAAUUGAAUACAGCCCAGAAGGGGCGCAUAUGUACAGAAGGGCAGCUGGAGAAUACGCAAGAGCAGUUGGGCUGUACUCAAGAGCAAUUAAGGAGUAGCUGUGAAGAGCAAAGGAGUACUCAGGAACAGCUGGAAAGCACACGAACGGAACUGACAACUAUCCGGGGAGAGCUCACCGUCACAGCGAAAGAGUUAAGGAGUGCUCGAGAUGAGCUGUCGAGUACUCAAGAGCAUCUGAGGACCAAUGGCGAGGAGAUGGCGAGUAUUCGGGAGCAGCUGAGAAGUACUCGUGCGGAUGCCUUGAGUACUGAAGACCGACUGAUGUCAUCACAACAGGAGAAAAAGAAGUCUGAAUUAGAGCUAUCGAGCACGAAGGAGCAACUGACGAGUACUCAGUAUGAGCUACAGAGUACUCAGAAUGAGCUGCAGAGUACUCGAGCGAAGCUGGGUACCACAACCAAGCAGCUAUGCAAUAUCCAGGAGGAGCUGACUAGUGCUCGCGAGCAACUGGUAGAGCGAGACACGGCAGUGAGUGAAUUGCGCAUGUGUGUAGAUAAGCUGGAACUAACGGCUGAGCAGAAGGCACAAUCACUGGGCAAGGUGGUCUUUGACUUACAGGCGAACAAGGAGGUGGUAAACACUGAGCUUAUUUCGGCACGUGAGGAAAUAAUCGCACACCAGGCCGCCCUUGCAGUGGCGAAGGAGAAGCUGGCAGCGAGCGAAACGCGCGAGAUUGUAUUGGGCAGUGAGAUUGGUAAAUACGAACAACAACACAAAGCACUCAGCAAUGACAUACAGCAGCUGAAAGAUGAGAUUAGUAAACACGAACAGCAACAGAAAACACUCAGCAGUACUAUAGAGCAGCUGAGAGAUGAGAUCAUCAAACACAAACAGCAACACAAUACCUUUGCCAAGCGAGCGGAGGGUGUGGAGGCAGAGCUGCAGCAGAAACAGGCCAGCGCCACAGCCACACUCGACGACGUAACAGCACAGCUAGCACGGGCGCAAGAGACAUUGCACGCGAGUGAAGCCCAGGCACAGUCGCUGAGGGAAGCCUUAGUAGACCGGGAGCGGGAGUUCAAGGAGAGGCAGGAGGUGUAUGUGAGAGAGAUAACGCACAGAGAGCUAGGGUAUGAAGUGAUGGUGGUGGAGGGAGAGCGCACACAGGCCGAGAAGAAGCAACUUGAGGCAGAAAUGGGGCAUUUUGAGUCCGAAAUAGGGCGCCUGAGGGCCAGAAUUGAACAGUUGGAGACUGAAAAGGGACUUGCGCAGACACAGUUAUGUGCCGCGCAGGACGACGGUAUGCGUUUAUCGGGUCUGUUGGACACGACGAAUGGAGAGCUGCAAGAGCUGCGGGAGAGGACAGUGGCUCAACAGGAUAUAGCAGCCACACAGGAGCUAGAGACUGAGCGGAAGGCGAGUUUGCUAGGUAGCCCUGAGCAGGUAGUAAUAUGUAGUACUACGCGUGAGGACGGGCCGGGUUGUGGCCUAUGCCCCGCACUCCGGAUACAGAAGGGACAGCUGGCUGCGGAGUUGGAAACGCUACGAAAAGAGAAGGACGACAUCUGCGAACAAGCCGUGGUUCACUACACAGCACUCAAUGGAACCAUACAAGAUCUCAAGGACCGACUGGUCUAUUUUGAGCAGGAGCAUGCCGAUCAGGCAACGGAGAUACGGCGGUUGGAGACAGAGAUUGAGGUAUCUCAAUAG